UGGCCGCCCGGGCCGCCGCGUGCACGCCAUGGCCCCGACCCUGCUCCAGAAGCUCUUCAACAAAAGGGGCGGCGGUGCAGCGUCCGCUCAGGCCCGGCCGCCCAAGGAGGAGCCGGCCUUCAGUUGGUCGUGCUCGGAGUUUGACUUGAGUGACAUUCGCCUGAUAGUGUACCAAGACUGUGAGAGGAGAGGCAGACAAGUCAUGUUUGAUUCCAGAGCCGUUCAGAAGAUGGAAGAGGCGGCAGCUCAGAAAGCAGAGGAUGUCCCUAUUAAGAUGUCAGCCAGAUGCUGUCAGGAAAGCAGCAGUGUCAGCAGCAGCAGCAGCAGUGUCAGCAGCAGCUCUUCUCUUAGCUUCGGAGGAUCUUUACAGCACACUAAGGAGCAGCUUCCAAAGUACCAAUACACGAGACCAGCAUCUGAUGUCAACAUGCUGGGGGAAAUGAUGUUCGGCUCGGUUGCAAUGAGUUACAAAGGCUCCACCCUGAAGAUACACUACAUACGAUCUCCUCCACAGCUGAUGAUUAGUAAAGUGUUUUCUGCUGGAAUGGGUAGCUUCUGUGGGAGUACAAAUAACCUGCAGGACAGCUUCGAAUACAUCAACCAAGAUCCUCAGGCUGGAAAACUGAACACAAAUCAGAGCAGUUUGGGUCCUUGUCGUACUGGAAGUAACCUAGGUCUGCUGCAGGCGUGCAGCGGCAAGCUGCUGCAGGGGUUGUCUGAAGGAGGACCUCUCCGGCUCACCCGGAGCGCCUCUUUCUUUGCAGCACACAGCACACCUGUUGAUAUGCCAAGCAGAGGGCAGAAUGAAGACAGGGACAGUGGCAUUGCUCGAUCAGCGUCACUGAGCAGCCUUCUGAUCACACCCUUCCCAUCUCCGAGCUCCUCUACACCCUCCUCCAGCAGUUACCAGCGCCGCUGGCUUCGAAGUCAGACAACGAGUUUGGAAAAUGGCAUCUUUCCAAGGAGGUCAACUGAUGAGACAUUUAGCUUGGCUGAAGAGACGUGUAGCUCUAAUCCAGCCAUAGUUAGAAGGAAGAAAAUCGCCAUCAGCAUCAUCUUUUCCUUGUGUGAAAGAGAGGCAGCACAGCGGGAUUUCCAGGACUUCUUCUUCUCCCAUUUCCCUCUGUUUGAAUCUCACAUGAACAGGCUGAAGAGUGCAAUUGAAAAGGCCAUGAUCUCCUGUAGGAAGAUCUCUGAAUCAAGUCUUCGUGUCCAGUUCUAUGUGAGCCGUCUGAUGGAAGCACUGGGAGAAUUCAGAGGGACUAUCUGGAACUUAUAUUCUGUUCCAAGGAUAGCUGAACCAGUAUGGCUUACCAUGAUGUCAAAUACCUUGGAAAAAAACCAACUUUGCCAGCGGUUUCUCAAGGAAUUUAUACUUCUGAUUGAACAAGUCAACAAAAACCAGUUUUUUGCUGCCUUACUGACUGCGGUAUUAACCUACCACCUGGCCUGGGUACCAACUGUCAUGCCUGUUGACCACCCUCCCAUUAAAGCCUUCUCGGAGAAGCGUACCUCUCAGUCAGUGAACAUGCUGGCCAAAACACAUCCAUAUAAUCCUCUCUGGGCACAGCUGGGUGACCUUUAUGGAGCCAUAGGCUCCCCAGUGAGAUUGACUCGCACUGUGGUGAUUGGGAAGCAGAAGGACUUGGUCCAACGCAUUCUUUAUGUUCUGACCUACUUUCUCCGUUGCUCUGAACUGCAAGAGAAUCAGCUGACUUGGACUGGGAAUCAUAGUGAGGAUGACCAGGUUAUAAAUGGGAGCAAGAUCGUAACCGCCUUGGAAAAAGGAGAGGUGGAAGAGUCUGAGUAUGUGGUAGUUACAGUGAGCAAUGAGCCUGCUCUGGUACCGCCAAUCUUACCACCAGGGACAACUGAGAGGAGGAGCCCUGAGACUACAGUAGUAGCUGAGAGCCCAGAAGGCAUUAAUACUAGUGAACUGGGUCACAAACCUGAAAAAAACAGAUGCAAGAGCCCAGAGCAGAAUUCUGAGGCCAGUAGCAUGGGGUUCCAAGAGGCAGAACCUGACAGUUCAUGGAUACCUCAAGGCAUAGUCUGUGAGGACAAACAGAAUGACCAAGAGGCAGUCCAGGAUUGUUCUCCAAGACCUCCCAGCUGUGAGGUGCCCAAGGUAAGAAGAAGGAUGGACCAACAAACCUUUCAAGCGGAGCUGCAUGGGGAGAUGCUAAAGAAACACACAGGGCACUCAGCAGCCUGGCCUUGCCCUGACAGGCAUUCCCAGGAGGAUCCUCCUGUUGAAAAGGUCACUUUCCACAUUGGAAGUUCCAUCUCCCCAGAGUCUGACUUUGAAAGCCGUACCAAAAGAAUGGAGGAGCGGUUGAAGGCCUCUGGACAUUUCCUUGGGGCCAGUGCCUCUGCCAGGUCUAGCAUGGACACUGGCCUGACUCAAGAGCAGCAAGGCUCUGGGUGCUCCUUCAAAGCUGAUUUUCAAAAGGACAUCACACCUCAGGACCACUCUUCAGGGGGAGAAGGUGUCUCUGAGGACAGAGGCCUCCGAGCCAACAUGGGACAUACUGUGGGACAGCUUAGCCAAGUUGGUGGCCCCCUUACACAUUCUAUUUGUGCAGCAGGAAGUGGCCGGAGACUACCGGAACAGACUAGAGAUGUGCAAUUAAAAGGCGACAAAGGACCUUCAUCAGAGCCUAUUCCAAACAGAUGUAGACAGCAGGGUGGCCUGCUGAUUGCUACAGAUGUCCCCUAUGGGGAUGCCAGUGGUAAGGCCAACUACAGGAGCGAAGGAGACAUUCCCAGGAAUGAAAGCUUGGAUAGUGCUCUUGGAGACAGUGAUGAUGAAGCAUGUGUUUUAGCCCUGCUAGAACUAGGUCACAGUUGUGACAGGACUGAAGGGUCCUUGGAAGUGGAGCUGCCUCUGCCAAGGUCUCAGUGCACCAGCAAGCCAAAUGUUAGAAAUUUUGGCCGCUCACUUCUGGCAGGUUACUGCGCCACGUAUAUGCCUGACUUGGUGCUGCACGGAACCAGCAGCGACGAGAAGCUGAAGCAGUGCCUGGCAGCUGAUCUGGUCCACACGGUGCAUCAUCCAGUGCUCGAUGAACCGAUAGCCGAAGCUGUCUGUAUCAUUGCAGACACUGACAAGUGGACUGUCCAGGUGGCCACGAGUCAGAGGAAAGUGAUGGACACCAUGAAGCUGGGCCAGGAUGUCUUGGUCUCUAGUCAGGUGUCCAGUUUACUCCAGUCCAUCUUACAGCUCUAUAAGCUUCACCUCCCUGCUGAUUUUUGCAUCAUGCAUCUGGAAGACAGACUACAGGAGAUGUACCUUAAGAGUAAAAUGCUUUCAGAGUAUCUCCGGGGACACACACGUGUACAUGUGAAAGAGCUGAGUGUGGUGUUGGGGAUUGAAUCCAAUGACCUGCCUCUGUUGACGGCCAUCGCCAGCACUCACUCUCCGUAUGUGGCGCAGAUCCUCUUAUAGCCGACUGCAGGACAGUUCUUACUGGAAAAUGAGACCGGAAGGAGGAAGCUCUCAGUGACAGAGGCUCGAGAACAUGGAGCAGUCGCCUGCCCCUCGUUGUUCGUGUGGCUGCUGCCUAGUGGCUGUUACACUGGGAGGCUUGUGUUUACUCCACACAGUGGCAAUUUGUGAUUGUUCAGGAACACUCUGAGCCACUGUCUCCUCCCAGGAAUCAAAAGAAAGUUGCCUCUCUGGUGGGAGGGAAACAUAAGCACCACGGUCAAACUAGGCAGACGCCUCUGUGCUGUUGGGUAGAAUGCUGAGGGCUGACUCUGGAGUAGAGGGUAACCAAUGUCUAGAACAUUCCGGUAGGGAGGCAUUCCUAUUCAAGCAUGAGAGAACAUGAAGGGUUGCUCUAAGAACAGGCUAUGGCUCCUAGGUCAGAGCUCUUCUAGAAACAUUGACCUGAAGAAAGCCGCACUGUGCCAGUGUCAGCCCGGAGCUGCAGCAGCAACUGUUGGACACAGGGUGUGAACAAGGAUCACCCUUUGAGAGGAGAGAGUGCUGGAGACUCACAGUUGUCACUUCUCAGAGCUUCCUGUGGUUCCAGUACAGCCACAGGCAGAUCUGAGAGGGACUGCUGGUGUAAUAAGCCCAGGAUGCAGUGUAGCAGCCUGUUCUGUCAGGUGUUUUGGAGUACAUAGUCUGACACUGGGUACUCAUCUCUGGCUUUAGUGUCUUUAGUCUUCUCCAGAAAGACCUUUUACCAAAGUUGUUGCCAUGAGCUCAGGCGGUCUGUGGCUGAGCUCGGCCAGCCCACGCCUCUUUCCUCCUAGCAGUCUGCGCCGAUGCUGUUCAUGCUGUCAGGUGCAGCUGCCAGCUGAGGAGGGAACCCACAGCGGCUCUGACAAGGACAGCAGCCCGAACAUUGCAGUCCAUGUGUGAUCUCAGUUUUUACACUGUCAGUUCUGCACUUUUUAAUCCCUUUCAUAUUUCUUUUUUAAAAAAAUCUUUCCAGAAAUUAACUUGAGCAUUUGUAAAACUUACCAAAGUGAAGAACUGUAAAAGCCCAAUUGGUCAUUAAGCCUAAAGAACCUUAGUUUACUGGCCAUAAAACAGUCCAUGUUAAAAUACUUUAAAGACAGGAGCCAGUCAAGUCAAACACAGUCAGCUCCUCAGUCUUCCCAUGAGUUUCUGGUGCCUGAGAAUGUGGGUUAGCUUCUAGGGGCUCUGUGGUUUAUAUCUGACCAAAUCCUAAUCCAUGUGACAUGUUUGUCUCUCGUCAUUACAAGUUAGCUGAGACCAUGUGCUCCCUAUGCUACUGAGGACAGAUCCCUGCAUUGUCUCUUAGAAGUGGGCCAGAGUGUGGACUCUCACAACCCCCUCCUCUUCCUCCUUCCCCUUUCCCUCUCGCCCUGAGCAUCUCUCAUUUUUUGUGUCAAGGCACUUAAGAUCUUUAAUUUGCAUUAUUCGUAUUUCACAAAGUUGAAGUGUCCCAUUCUUUUAAAUAUCUUCCAUUUCCUAUUACCUGACGUUUGUUUGCUCUUUUCAAUUUCCUGGCUGUAUGAGAUCCUCGUUUGCCAGGGAACCCCACAUGCGGCUCGGCUUUCCAGGCACUUGUUUUCCUUGGUGUGGAUGAGCUGUCAAAGCAGAUCUCAGCCACCCUCGCCAGCCUAGAGCUCUCCCUUCUUUCUCCUGGCUUCUCUCGUUUACACAUGGACUCAACCUCUUUCACCAGCUUCUGAGGUUUUGGAGAAAAUAACUCAAUACAGAAUCAGUGUAUUGUGAUCAGUGUAUCUACAGAAUUGUGUAGAUACAGUAACAUGUUGAUAGCCAGACUCGGGGAAUUGAGCUGUCAUCAGGUUAAUUUUCAGCUUCAUGAAGAAAAACUUAGCCCAGCACUUCAUAGCCAGAAAAAAGUUAAGCCUGCCUCUCAAUCUAAUGUUCCAAGUUUCAGAGGAAAAGUGGGAAACCCUGGGCUCACAUGGGUUAUCUCAGUGCCCCACUGUCACUUGCUGUUGCAGAGAAAGAUGUGCUGCUCUUCUCCUGGUUCCCACGGUGUGGGGUGUUCACAUUUCCUUUGUCUUAAAUUCAGCCUCUUCCUAGAAAACAAAGCAUCUCAUGGACUUCUGUUGAGAUACACCCACAUCCUAUAGCACGGAUGGCGUCAUUGUGUCACAGCUGAAGAGUCCAAAAGUAUCCUACCUUCUAGGCAUAACUCAAGGGACAAAACAUUUUCUAAAAUGUUUAAAUAAAGAAAUCUACCUCAGUUGACAGGAUUCCACCUACCCUUAGAGUUUCUUCGGCUCUCCAGUCUUACCUGUUAGGUGUCACUGGGCAGCACUCUGCUUGUUUGACUAAGCAGGCUCGUGAGGCACAGCAGAACAGAAGCGUGCCAGUGUCCUGUGAUGACCCCUUUCUAGCAUGUUGCAGUUUUAUAUUUGUUAAGUUGAUAAGUGAUAUGAAUGUAUAGGCAGUUGUGUAUGUUUUCAAAAAGGACAAUGAAAAUUUAAUAUGUAGCUUCCAUACUUGUGCGUAAUUCCAAAGUAUCUUAUUUUAUCAGUGUUACAUAGCUUUUGUACAGCUUCAGCCCAUUUUCCAGACGUGUGCUGUUUUAUACGGAAAGUAACUCAUCUUCUCACAUCUCAUGGAGCUGGUUUACACAUCGCAACUUUUUAACUUACUGUGUUUUUUCAGAACUAACUUUUUUGGAAGGAGGAAAUUCCCUGCUUGCUAAAUGAUGCUAAACCGUUGUCUGGGCUCUUACAUAUCAGGUUUUUGGAUUUUAUAAACUAGUCUGUAGCUUUUUAGGUUCUCCGUUAGUUGGAUGUACAUAAAGAAUAUAAAAUGACUCUCAAAUUUUUUUAAACGUCUGGAGUUUUCCAUUGAUGCACACUCGGGGAUUAUGUUCACGCAGACUUUCAUCAUUAAAUUGAAAAGUCCACAGCUUCUCUCAGUUAAUGUGGAUCCUUUGUUUUUAUUGUGCUUGGUAGAGAAGAACACACUUCUUGCCUAAAUCAAGCAGCCCCCUUCAAAUGUUAAUUUUUUUAAAUGUUAAAAUUUGGUGACCAUCUGGAACAUGUAUGUGCAUUAUGUUUAAAUUUCAGUGUUUUUAAAAGGAGAUCAUUCUGGGGUGUGUUACUAUGGAUCUUUCAUUAAGAGAAUCCAUAGGACUGUUUUUUAAAUCAAUUGAGUGGAUCCAACUGUCAGUGUGUGCACACUUUUUCCUAAAAUAACAUUCAUGCAUUAUUUCGAUCCAUUUUUCUGUGACAUUUGGUGCAAUAAACUUUUUGAAUUUAUCUUGC